AUGACUUCCAAAUCAUUUGUAUCUAGUCCGCUUGUCAGGGACUCCACGUUGCUGGUACCCAGAUCAGUCACGUCAAAACCAUACUUCUUACCGUUCUUACCAUUAUAUGCUACGUUUUUCCACAUUUAUUUCAAUGAAUAUGAGCGUUAUAUCAAAGGUGGUGAAUGGACUUUCGUGUUCCUCGGUUCAAUCGUUACCAUAAACAUAUUAGUUAUGCUAAUGCCAUCAUGGAAUGUCAAAAUCAACACUAAAUUCAACUAUUCAGUUGUUAAUGACGUCACCACUGCUACUCAUAUCCUUAUAAAUACUACUCCAAAUAACGGUGCUGAUGAUAUUGUAGAAAUUCAAAGAAUUACAGAAAGUGGUGUCCUACAAACUUUUUUCCAAUUCCAAAAGAAGAGAUUUUUAUGGUAUGAGGAUGAACAAGUGUUUGCAUCGCCAAAAUUUAUCGUCGAUGAAUACCCUAAGAUUAAAGAUUUUAAAGAUUCUACUGGUAAUUCGAAUAAUUUGACUCACAUGAAAAGAUUAUACGGUGAGAAUUCUUUCGAUAUUCCAAUUCCAUCAUUCAUGGAAUUAUUUAAAGAACAUGCUGUCGCCCCAUUAUUCGUUUUCCAAGUAUUUUGUGUGGCAUUAUGGCUUUUGGAUGAAUUUUGGUAUUAUUCUUUAUUCAACUUGUUUAUGAUCGUUUCCAUGGAAGCCGCUUCGGUCUUCCAGAGAUUGAAUGCUUUGAAAGAAUUCAGAACGAUGGGGAUUAAACCAUACCCAAUCAACGUCUUCAGAAACGGGAAAUGGAGUACUUUACAAACCAAUGAAUUGCUACCAAUGGAUGUCGUAUCCGUUACAAGAACAGCAGAGGAGAGUGCUAUCCCAUGUGAUUUAAUCUUAAUCGAUGGUUCAUGUAUCGUUAACGAAGCGAUGCUUUCUGGUGAAUCUACCCCAUUAUUGAAAGAAUCUAUUAAAUUACGUCCAAAUGAAGAUGAUUUACAAUUAGAAGGUGUUGAUAAAAUUUCCGUGUUACAUGGUGGUACUAAAGCUUUACAAGUCACAGGCCCAGAAUCUUCUUCCGAUUCUCAUAUACCGUUACCAUCUGAUGGAGGUGCGUUAGCUGUCGUGACUAAGACUGGGUUUGAAACUUCUCAAGGUUCUUUAGUUCGUGUCAUGAUUUAUUCCGCGGAACGUGUCUCUGUCGAUAAUAAAGAAGCAUUAAUGUUCAUCUUCUUCUUAUUAAUCUUUGCUGUCAUCGCGUCAUGGUAUGUUUGGAUCGAAGGUACCAAAAUGGGUAGAAUUCAAUCCAAAUUGAUUCUGGAUUGUAUCUUAAUUAUUACCUCCGUUGUCCCACCUGAAUUACCAAUGGAAUUAACCAUGGCUGUCAACAGUUCCUUGGCCGCUUUAUCUAAAUUUUACGUCUAUUGUACUGAACCAUUUAGAAUUCCAUUAGCAGGUAGAAUCGAUGUUUGUUGUUUUGACAAAACUGGUACUUUGACUGGUGAAGAUUUAGUCUUUGAAGGUCUUGCCGGCUUAUCUACUAAUACAAAGGAUAUCCGUCAUUUAUACAGUGGUUCCGAUGCUCCACAGAAUACUACUCUAGUCAUUGGUGCAGCUCACGCUUUGGUUAAACUUGACGAUGGUGAAGUCGUUGGUGAUCCAAUGGAAAAAGCUACUUUGAAAGCCCUCGGAUGGAAAGUUGAUUAUAAUGAUGUUAUCACCAAAUCAGGCACUGAAAAAUUAAACAUAUUGCGUCGUUUCCAAUUCUCCUCUUCUUUAAAAAGAUCUUCCUCUAUUGCUUCUCAUAAUGGUUCCCUGUUUGCCGCUGUUAAAGGUGCUCCAGAAACUAUCCGUGAAAGACUAUCUCAUGUCCCUGAAAAUUAUGAUGAAAUUUACAAAUCCUUUACACGUUCUGGUUCUAGAGUCCUAGCAUUAGCUACAAAAUCAUUACCAAAAAUGUCUCCUAAGAAAAUUGAUGAUUUAGUUCGUGAAAAUAUUGAACAUGGAUUGGAAUUUAGCGGAUUCUUAGUUUUCCAUUGUCCAUUGAAAGAUGAUGCUAUUGAGACAAUCAAAAUGUUAAAUGAAUCCGCUCAUCGUUCUAUUAUGAUAACAGGUGAUAACCCUUUGACUGCUGUACAUGUGGCCAAAGAAGUUGGUAUUGUAUUUGGCGAAACAUUAAUUUUAGAUAGAGUGGAUGAUAAUAAUGAUGCUGAUGGUAAAUUGAUUUUCCAUAAUGUUGAAGAUACUAUUAAUAUUCCAUUUGAUCCAUCAAAGGAUUCUAUCGAUCAUAGUGCAAUCUUCGACAAAUAUGAUGUUGCUGUUACUGGUUAUGCUUUGAAUUUAUUAGAAAAUCAUUCCCAAUUAAGAGAUGUUCUUCGUCAUACUUGGGUUUACGCUCGUGUCUCUCCAUCUCAAAAGGAAUUUAUCUUAAACAAUUUGAAAGAAAUGGGAUACCAAACGUUAAUGUGUGGUGACGGUACCAAUGAUGUUGGUGCCUUAAAGCAAGCUCACGUCGGUGUUGCCUUAUUGAAUGGUACUGAAGAAGGUUUAAAACAAUUGGUUGUUAAGAAUAGAGAAGAGAAUAUGAAAAAUAUGUACAUUAAACAAUGUGCAUUCGUCGCUAGAUGGAAUCAACCUCAACCACCUGUUCCUCCAUUAAUUGCUCAUUUAUUCCCACCUGGUUCAAAUAAUCCUCACUAUCUAGAAGCUAUCGAAAAGAAAGGAACUGUCAUUACUCCUGAAUUAAGAGAAAAAGUCGCCGAAGCUAAUAAGAAGGCAAUUGAAAUUCUUGAUCCAAAUACUACUACAUCUGAAAAGGGUGAUAAACCAAGUGGCUCUGAUAUUGCAUCAUUGUUAUUGAACAAAGCUGAAGAUGCUCAAGAAGAUGAUGUCCCAACUUUGAAACUAGGUGAUGCUUCUUGUGCUGCUCCAUUCACUUCUAAACUAGCUAAUGUUUCUUCUGUGACCAACAUUAUCCGUCAAGGUCGUUGUGCCCUAGUCAACACUAUCCAAAUGUAUAAAAUUUUGGCAUUGAAUUGUUUAAUUAGUGCAUACUCGUUAUCAAUUAUCUAUAUGGCAGGUGUUAAAUUUGGUGAUGCUCAAGCUACUGUUUCAGGUUUGCUAUUGUCUGUUUGUUUCUUAAGUAUAUCUCGUGGUAAACCACUUCAAAAAUUAUCAAAACAAAGACCACAAAAGGGUAUCUUCAAUAUUUACAUUACAGGUUCCAUUUUAUCUCAAUUUGCUGUUCAUAUUGCAACAUUGGUUUAUAUUACACUUGAAAUCUACAAAUUAGAACCAAGAGAACCACAAGUUGAUUUAGAAAAAGAAUUUGCACCAUCAUUAUUAAAUACUGGUAUCUUUAUUAUCCAAUUAGUUCAACAAGUGUCCACAUUUGCUGUUAAUUAUCAAGGUGAGCCAUUUAGAGAAAACAUUAGAAACAAUAAAGGUAUGUAUUACGGGUUAUUAGGUGUUACUGGGUUAGCAUUAGCUAGUGCUACGGAAUUUAUGCCAGAAAUGAAUGAAGCUAUGAAAUUUGUUCCAAUGAGUGACAUCUUCAAGUUUAAAUUAACAUUGACUUUAUUGCUUGAUUUCUUUGGUAGUUGGGGGGCAGAACACUUUUUCAAAUAUUUCUUUAUGGACGAUAAACCAUCUGACAUUACUAUUAGGAAAGUCAAGAUUUCCGAAUCUAAAAUUUAA